GGCGAGGCUCCCAGCGCACUCGCUGCCCACAAAGCGCCGCUGCGGACCGCUGCGGACCGCUGCGGGAAGCUGCCUGGCGACCAGCUCCGCGUCCGCGCGAGCCUGUGUGUGGGGAAAGGCAGGGCGGGGCCGGCGCUUCCUUCGGAGAAGACCGGGCGGUGGGGACUUCGUGGGACGGCAGCGGCGUCGACUCCGGGCCGGGCCGGGCAGCGCAGGGCCAUGGCCGAGGCGGCCGCGGCUCCGACUUCUGAAUGGGAUUCCGAGUGCCUUACAUCCUUGCAGCCCCUUCCUCUUCCUACACCCCCAGCAGCAAAUGAGGCACACCUACAGACUGCAGCCAUCUCCCUGUGGACAGUGGUGGCCGCCGUGCAGGCCAUAGAGAGGAAGGUGGAGGUCCACAGCCGACGUCUCCUACACCUAGAAGGCAGGACAGGGACAGCAGAGAAGAAGCUAGCCAGCUGUGAAAAGACAGUGACCGAUCUUGGGAGCCAGCUGGAGGGCAAGUGGGCCGUGCUGGGGACUCUGCUGCAGGAGUAUGGGCUGCUGCAGCGGCGCCUGGAAAACUUGGAGAACUUAUUAAGAAACAGGAACUUCUGGCUCCUGCGGCUGCCCCCAGGUAUUAAAGGAGAUGUCCCAAAGGUGCCUGUGGCAUUUGAUGAUGUCUCCAUCUACUUCUCCACUCCAGAGUGGGAAAAGUUGGAAGAAUGGCAAAAGGAGCUUUACAAGAAUAUCAUGAAGGGAAACUACGAAUCUCUUAUCUCCAUGGAUUAUGCCAUGAACCAACCUGAUGUCUUAUCUCAGAUUCAACCAGAAGGAGAACAUAAUACAGAGAACCAGACAGCACCAGAGGCAAGUGAAAUUCCUGCAGACCCCAGUGAAGAGCCUGGUCUUUCAACAUCAGAUAUUCUGUCUUGGAUUAAACAAGAGGAAGAGCCUCAGGUUGGGGCCCCACAGGAGUCCAAGGAGAGCGAUAUCUACAAAGGCACCCAUGCAGAUGAAGAGCUCGUCAUCAAAGCCGAGGGCCUUGCUAGAGCCUCCUUAUGCCCUGAAGUUCCUGUUGCGUUCUCUGCUCCAGCACCACCAGCAGCAAAGGAUGCUUUUUCAGAUGUGGCUUUCAAACACCAGCAGUCCACUCCCAUGACACCUUUUGGACGUGCAGCCAGUGACUUGCCUGAAGCCUCAGAGGGACAAGUGACUUUUACUCAAUUGGGUAGCUACCCUCUCCCACCUCCAGUUGGGGAGCAGCUCUUCUCGUGCCACCACUGUGGCAAGAGUCUAAACCAGGACAUGUUGCUGACUCAUCAAUGUGGCCACACUAGCGAGCAUCCCUUACCCUGUGCCCAGUGCCCCAAACACUUUGCCCCGCAGACGGACCUUGGCAGCACCUCCCAGGACCAUGCCAGUGAGCCACCCCCCACCUGCCCACAUUGCGCCCGGACUUUCACUCACCCCUCAAGACUCACCUACCACCUUCGAGUCCAUAACAGCACUGAGCGCCCUUUCCCCUGUCCGGAUUGCCCCAAGCGCUUUGCUGACCAGGCGCGACUCACGAGUCAUAGGCGGGCUCAUGCCAGUGAGAGGCCCUUCCGCUGCACACAGUGUGGCAGGAGCUUCAGCCUGAAGAUCAGCCUCCUGCUGCAUCAGCGUGGGCACGCACAGGAGCGCCCAUUCUCCUGCCCUCAGUGUGGCAUCGACUUCAAUGGCCACUCGGCCCUGAUCCGCCACCAGAUGAUCCACACAGGCGAGCGGCCAUAUCCCUGCACUGACUGCAGCAAGAGCUUCAUGCGCAAGGAGCAUCUGCUCAACCACCGGCGGCUGCACACGGGUGAGCGGCCCUUCCAGUGUGCGCACUGCGGAAAGAGCUUCAUCCGCAAGCAUCACCUCAUGAAGCACCAGCGCAUCCACACGGGCGAGAGGCCCUACCCCUGUGCCCUCUGUGGCAGGAGCUUCCGCUACAAGCAGACGCUCAAGGACCACCUGCGUUCGGGCCACAAUGGAGGCUGUGUGGGCGAAAGCGACCCUGCCACACGGCCCCCCGACCCACCCGGUCCACUCCUAGCUGGCCUCGAAACCUCUGGCCUGGGUGUUAGCACGGAAGGUCUAGAGACCAAUCAGUGGUAUGGGGAAGGGAGUGGAGGGGGUGGGUUGUAAGUCUGGUUUAGCUACGCUCACGACAGGACAGAAAGUCUAUAUGAAGCCCCCAAGCCCUCCACCACUCGCAGUAAUUAUUAUCUGACGCAUAAGAGAUUUGGUUCCUCUAUACUUCACUGGAGAUAUGCUUAUGUUUUGGAACUUAACAAAAGUACAAUACCAGAAAUACAGAAAGACCUGGAAAGGAGCCCCGCAGCCCCAUCUUUUCAAAGAUACCACAAAAACAGAAGUCAAAAAUAUUACAGAGAGGUUGGGAAGCAAGAGUCAACCUCAGUUUAUCCUGUUCCAGGAAAGCAAAAUGAGAACCGACUGCGUCUAGGUAGAGAUAAGUGCAUGGAAAGAGCCCUCAAGCAUGAAGCAGGUCAUCAGGCAUGAGAAUGUGCCAGGCCUUUCAUUAAUUCCUCCAGGUGAGGUAACUUUGGAAGAAUGGGCCUUAGCCACUGUUUAUGUUGCUGCCUCCUGGACACCAGCCGGGCUCUGUUCACACAGCUGCGCAGCCGCCUGUCCCUGAAACAGGAGGACUGAGACUGCCUCCUAGCUUUCCCACCUUGUCUUUUAAUACAUUCUGUCAAUACCUGCGAACAAAAACCCGACUUAAAUAGCUUAUUUAGGAGAACAGUUCUUAACUUUUGCUGGCUUGGUUCGAAGCAUUCAAGCUGUUGUAUUGGUAUUUAAACUGUCAGAAAUCUUUGCCAAGGUCCUGGUUAGAAAAUUGGAAGCAGAGUUCUCAGCCCAGCUUUAAAAGCUAGAGAUCCCAAGAAGUAGCUGGUGUAACAAUCAUAGAACUGCUUGAACUGCUUAAAACCUGUGCCUGAAACAGAAUUUUAGAGUGUUUUAUGUCACAUUCUCCCUUAUCUUUUCCAAGCUAGUAAGCUGGCUUUUCCAUUCCUGGUAUCUGCUUGUCUUGAUGAUGAUCAGCAGCAAAGAUCACAGCACUUUCCUGAAACAUUAAGGAGUUUCAGAAAGUGCUGCUGAGCUCUGGGCUUUUGUUUCCUCUAGCCAGUCACAGUGUUGUAAUGUGGCAUUCUCAUUUUCGCAUUCAGCAGGGAGGCUGUCUGGUCCCCCCCACCUGGCCCUACUCCAUUGGCACCUCCUAGGUCACUUAGAGCUGAACACCACAUGCAGACAAGGAUGACCUGUCUUGCCUGUUACGCUUUUAGGUAACUCAGCUACCAUGGUUUUUUUCCUUGGGGUCACUGUUACCUGGGCAGAUCUGAACCUAGUUCUGCUCCUCAACGUCUUUGCAACUAGUUAAAAGCCCUUUUUUCUUUAUAGCUCUCAAAUUUCAACUGCAAAUUGAGACUGGUAAAAGUGGGAAAGUUAGCCUCUAGAAAUUAAAAAAAAAAAAAAAAAUUCCUGUGAUACAUUCCUUCUCCUGCCAAAAUCCCUGUCUUUGGCCUCUGUCCAGGUGAAGCUAAAUAUGACAGCAAAAUCAAAGCAAAGGUUCUUGCAGAAACUUGACUGAAAUUGAUUUGAUUUAUUGUUUUGCUCAUGCUUAGAGCCUGAGGUAGAAGAGAGAAUGCAAAAGCCCUAUGUCUUGGGCAGAAAAGUUGUUUAUUCCCAUACCCUCUUGUUUCCUCUGAUUCUUCUCUGAUGCCUGGAACAAGGUCUGGGACUAUUUUGACAGGACACUUUCUUGAUAAGUGAUAAGGAAGGGACAUGUUUUCUCCUUAUCACUGAAUCCACCUUUACUCUGCCUCAUUCUGUGUAGCCCUCCUAGGAGAGAAUGUUAGUCCAGCUGGCUGUGCUCCUGGGAAGUCUCUGUCUGAAAAGUCUGCUCUUCAGGAUAGUCACAUUUAUAAAACACUGUUUUGUGACAUUCAUAAUACCAGGGACUAUGGGAGACAUAAGAAAUGUGUGUGAGACCUGGGCUGCUGUCUUAACUUUCAGUCUAUAGACAAUGAAAAAAAUCCAAGGAAAUAGAACAAGACGAAUGAUGGGCAGAACCCUGGUAUGUUGGGAUCAAGAGCUUUCUAACCACAAUCUGGCCCACACCAGGAAAACUUGGAGGAGUUCUGGGAAUCCCAAAAUCAGGGUUCUACCUUCGUUGAUGCACUAGGAACUUUAGUGUGAGAUUCAGUUCUGGUUUGCACCUUGAUUCCCCCAGUUAAAAGGGAAAAGAGUCAAGGCACCAUCUUUAGGAGGUGAGCUCUCUUUGGAAUGGAUUCAAGCAUCUGCCAGAGUAUGCUGGAGGAGGGAUUCCUACAUUAGAUGUGAUGUGGGACCAGAUAACAUCUAAAAUUCAUUGACUGAAAAGAUUCACUGAGAAUACAACUAAUAACAAGAGAGACCUGUGCAUUAAAAUGCGGCAGAUAGAUACCACAGCCCUUUCUGCUAAGAACUGUAGCCAACAGGGACCUAAUUUUGGCAAAAAGUGAACAUAAUCCAAAUGCCACUGGAGCAAGAGUCAUAAAGCUUUAUGAAAGGGAAUGUGCAGGCCAUCCCAGAAAGACAAGCAUGUGGAAACCUAAUCCUCAGCCUUGACACAAGGCAGGGAGUUCAACUAUUGUGGGUUCUGUUCUUUCCCUUCAUCAGGCCCCAUCAGGUAGAACUCCAGGCCCCCUCUAAAGGGUUUUUCUGCUAAUGAUUCAGAAAUGGAUCAGUGGGAAAGAUGAGAUAGAGUUCAAUGAAGUUUUCAGCAUGUGGAGGAGAAAUUCAUGUUCCAUCAAGUGCUCCUGAGAGAAACCAUGCUGAGAGAAGCACCUGAGGCCUGGGGACACAAUAGGGAAGAGGAAACCCCAUAACUGUGCUCCUCGCCUGUCCUUCUGACUGGCACACAAGCACCCUCUCCUCUGGAGUAGAUCCAGAUGUUGACUAACCAAUCACUCUGCUUACUACGUUUCCAUGGUUACCAUUGGAUGUGCCCCUAGUGCAGCCUCAAAUGUGAGAAUAAAUGGAAGUUGGUUGAUUGUCUAGAAAGUGAAAGGUGACUCUGAGCCUCUUCUGCUGGACACCUGGUACUGAAGACACCUUAGGUGGACUCUGGCUCGAUCCAUGUUCUACACAAUUCCUCCACCACAAUUCCACCACUGGUGGGGAUCCCUGCUGGGCUUCUCUCAGCCAAACCCUGUAGCUUGCUAGGCAUUAACAUGCACAGUCCCCAAAAAAUCUUGUUGAUAAAGGAUCUGAGUCCCUUUUUUUCUUUCAAAUAGGAUGGAAGUCCUAAAUUUCUGCUCAUAUUUCCUCUGAGGCAAGGGUAGGACCCCCCCCACUCCCCAGGUCUUGGCUUCUGCAACAUCAAAAUGCCCCUUCAGCAGCUGUCUGAGGGUUGUAAAUAGCUAGUCUUCUCAAAAGGUUGUUAUAGACAAGACCUCUGAUGUUAGCAGAUAGGUUUUUUUCCUGUGGUUUUGAGGGACACUUCUGGCCCUGUUGCAUUAAUUCUGGUUCCCUAUCUGUAGCAAAGGAGAAUUUAUUUCUCACAUGUCUGUGAGAGGCUGUUGUGUGUUUUGGAAAGUUUCAGGAUCUUUCAGGCAAAAGAUACUUGAGUUAGGUCAGGUUGGUGUGAUGAUGGGAUAGGACCAGGAGAGCAUAGGGCCUUGAUGUAAGGGUGCACAGUGUGGGUUAGAGCAGUGCCAAGGGCAAGAACUCUGGUCAGAUCUAGAUUCAGGUCCUGCUAAGUAAUAGGUCUGUUAUUUAACCAUCUUGAACCUUAGUUUCACUAUCAGUCAAGUAGGGAUUUGAGACCUAUUCUCAGAGGUGUUAGGGUAUGCAUGGAAACCCAUGUGAAGUAUUUAGCACAGAGCCUGUGACACAAGGAGGAGGUCACAGAUCCUGGUUGAAUUGGAGGUGCAAGUGUCAAAAACUGAGCUGCCCUGCAGGGCACAGGGUGGCUGGGAGCUCAGCCUUUUGCCUAACAUUAUCUUUUGCUUCUAUUUAGGCUGGCCUAUUUUUUCCUGUGUCUCCCAGCUCCAAUAAGUUUCUGUGUGCCAUGACCUCAUGAGGCUGAUUCUCUUUGAUAUUUCGUAAAUUCUUUAAUAAGGAGUCUGCCCAGCUCCUCUUCCUAUGUGAGGACCCAGAAGUUUCCAGCCAACCCUUGUGGUUACGAGCUUAUCCUGGUUCAGUUGGCUGGAGUCAGUAGUGGAAAUCCUACAGCUCCUGCACCAAGAUCUGUGGGCUGGUGGAUUCACUUGGGAAUGGGCAGUGACUGUAUGACAUUUCUAGUACUAGAGAAUCUAUCCUUAGACCAGAGCAUAUUGUCACUUGCAUAAAGGAACUGGAAGGUGCUGCUUGUCUUGUAAAAUAAAUGUCAUUAGGAGUCAAGGGAGGGUGUUACUCAUCCCUUUCUGGCCCUGCUCCAGUUUCUUUUUAAAUGAAUAACUGGCCACAAUCACACAAAUGACUCUUGUCAGCUUGGUCAAAUAAAUUGCCUCUUCCAAAAAUAUCACCUCUAAGACUAACUACCCGUCAAAGCAGAAUGAUGCAGCCAAACCAGAGAAGCCAUAAAAGCAUCGUGCAGCAAAUCUCCCCAAGAUAGCCAGGUUUCAUUUCAAAUAAAAUGUCCGAUAAAACCUUGCUGAACUAUGUGGCUUUGUCUUUAUUAGUAAAGCCAUUAUUUUCUUUAAAAUCUUGAGACUGGCCUAAAAAUUAAGCUACCCAAGGGCAAAGGUAUAGCUCAGUGGUAGAACACUUGCUUAGCAUGUGUGAGGCCUAGUUCCAUCUCCAGUACUAUAAAGCAAAACAAAACUAUCCCAAACACAGACUAUGUCUCAUUUUGUUUCCCUCAUGGUGUUGGGCAUCGGGAUACUCAGUAUAUUGUGGGAAGACCACAAGAGUGGUUAAAAACUGGAUUUUGGUCCCAGCAUAACAUUCUGUACUUGAUGUGGGGCAAACUAAUUUAUGAAGAUCUUGUUUUCCCAAUUCUAAUGUGAAGAUUGAAGAAGAUGGUAAAAUAUGGUCCCUUCUGAAUCUAAAAUUACAGAACUUAAGAUUUUUACUUCUGGGUUCUCUUUUCUGUUUUUACUCCAGAUUCUAUUAGUGAUUGUUUUUAACACAUCAGAAUAAACACUUGCAUUUAUUACAGAAUAAA